CCUGGAAAGUUUUGAAUAGAUCUUUGACUGAGGGGAAGAGAUUAUUAAUAAAUCAAACAAAAAUAAAUAAAAAUAAAAGCAGCUCAAUCUCGUUUAGACACGAAAAAGAUGAAACGAGUCCCUCGCAUCAAGUUUCCUCAGCGCCAUCCCAAACCUUCAGAUGCUGCUUCCCAGAAUAAGGCCAAACCAGUAGCUGGUAGUGGUCCUCAGACUUUUUUCUCUGGCUCAAACAAACCAGCCAAUACCGGGGGUGGAAUGGCUUCUCUUCAGCCAAAAAGAACUCCACUAUCGCAAGAUGAGAUCGAUUCAAUUUUGUUAGGUGGCUGUAUCUGAAUUUGAGAUGGAGCCCUGAUUCAGGAGGAUGGGUCAUUCCUUGGUUUUAAUCUUACGUUUUCUUUGACUUAAGAUAGACGACUUGCUAAGAAAAAAAUAAUUCUUUUUGGCUAUAUUUCCGAAAGACUUUUAUUGUACCAUCAAAAAAUUGUAAUGGGAUCGGUUUUCACCUUUAUCUGCUGCUCUAGUAUUAAUUAGAAUCUCCAGACAUGUUUUCCUCAAAAUUAUAGUAAUUCCCUGUAAACAAAUUGUUUGUUCUAUGUUGAUGCGUUUUCUUUUAAAUUAA